AUGACUAGAGGUCUAGCCAGGCAUUUGUCCAGAACCAAGCCACAUAGGGAUGCGUUGAUCAGAAAUAUGGCAACACAGUUGUUGCAACAUGGCACAAUUUCGUCAACAACACCGAAAUUAAAGGAAACACAACGUUACGUCGAAAGAAUCAUUACCAUUGCCAAGAACGGUAUACAGAAUGGUAACCCUUCGAGCAGCGUACCUGAAUUACAAAGUAGACUUUAUUUAUCCGGUGACAAUUCGAAACUUUUGAAAAAACUGUUCGAUGAAAUUGCUCCAAGGUACACCGCCAGAAACGGUGGGUACACUCGUGUGAUGAAGUUGGAGCCAAGACUUGGCGAUAGAGCUCCUCAAGCGAUCUUGGAACUUGUGGAUGCUCCAGUACAGAACGAAGACGGUCAACUAUUGAAAGGGAAUUUGAAACUAUGGUUGUUGACCAAAACUUGUAUGCAACAAAUAGAAGAUGCUGGACAACUAGCUCCAAAAACGGUGCAAAACUUAAAGAAAAUGGUGCACAACAAGACUCUAGACCAAUUGCUACAUGAAAUCGGUGUUAUCAGAAAAUAUAUUCUUGAAUCACAACAACAGAACAGUACCACUGAAGUAUCAGAAUUGCCAGAGUUUGACGAAACAUUACAACAACAAUUUUUAGCUGCUGUGAAGGAUCAAAUACAAAAUCACACAGCAGAAAAGAAGCAACCUGAUGGAUAUGUUUUCAGAGAAAGACCUACCCAAGGUUAA